AUGCCUUCCAUUCUGAACAGACAGCCGCACAAGAGCCACGACCUUCCUGACGUGAGACUGUCUUCAGUAUCUGUAGCCGAAUCUCUGGCGGCAGCGAAGCCCAAGAAGAGCCUGACAUCGUUAUUAGACUUUUUCGUGAUCUGCUCUGGUCGCCGAGUUUAG